AUGAUUGGGGAAGAUGCUGCGAAAAAACUCUUGACAGUACCACUUUCAAACGACACAUGCGCGUUAUGGGAGCGGCUGCACUGCAGACAGACGUUCACCCCAAGACCCGUUUUAAACAAAAAUAGUAUUGUUGCUGAACUUGUGGAACAGAUCAAGAAGACGAGAAUCCAAGCUGCUGCUCCUGUUCCAUGUACUGCUGGACCUGGAGAUGUGGAGGGUGACGUCUGCACUGGGACAAAAAUCAAAGCUGUGAAGUCCUGUCUGGAAUGUCUGGUUUCAUACUGUGAAACUCACUACAAAGUUCACAAUGACAUACACCCUGGGCGAAAACACAAGGUGGUUGAUGCCACUGGCCAGCUACAGGAGAGGAUCUGCACCCAACAUGAGAAGCCUCUGGAGAUAUUUUGUCGUACGGACCAAAGUUGUGUUUGUUGGCUCUGUCUGGUGGAUGAACACAAAGGCCAUGACACCGUGUCAGCCUCUGCAGGGAGGAAAGAGAAACAGACACACUUGGGGGAGACCCAGAGUAAAAUCCAGCAGAGAAUCCAGGAGAGAGAGAAGGAGCUGCAGGAUCUGAGGAAGGCUGUGGAGACUCUCAAGAGCUCUGCACAGACAGCAGUGGAGGACAGUGACAGGAUCUUCACUGAGAUGAUCCGCUCCAUUGAGAGAAGGUGCUCUGAGGUGAAAGAGCUGAUCAGAGAUCAGGAGAAGGCUGAGGUGAGUCGGGCUGAAGGACUCCUGAAGCGACUGGAGCAGGAGAUUGCUGAGUUGAAGAGGAGAGAUGCUGAGCUGGAGCAGCUUUCACACACAGAGGAUGAUAUCCAUUUCCUCAAGACUUUCCAGUCAGUCAGUGAAGCACCUGAGUCUAAAGACUUAUCCUGCAUCUCUGUGAACCAAGGCCUCUCUUUUGAGGCUGUGAAGAAAUCUGUCUCCUCACUAAAGACGCAGCUGGAGAAUUUCUGCAAAGAGGAAGUCAUGAAAAUAUCUGCAUCAGUGACUGAAGUCCAGGCUAUGUUGCCUCCUGAACCUACAACCAGAGAGGAUUUCCUACAAUACUCCUGCCACUUCACACUGGAUCCAAACACAGCACACAGAAACCUCCAUCUGUCUGAGGGGAACAGGAGGGUGAAGAUGAGAUAUGAGGUCCAGUCAUAUCCUGAUCAUCCAGAGAGAUUUGAUUAUCAUCAUCAGGUGCUGUGUAGAGAGGGUGUGUCUGGACGCUGCUACUGGGAGGUUGAGUGGAGUGGGGAGUGGGGGGUUUAUAUAUCAGUCUCAUAUAAAAGCAUCAGCAGGAGAGGAGGUAUUGAGUGUAGGUUUGGAUAUAAUGAUCAGUCCUGGAGUCUGUUCCUCUACAGCAGCAGCUCCUCUUUCAGUCAGAAUAAUAAACACACUAAACUCCCUCUAGUGGCCAGCUCCAGAAUAGGAGUGUAUGUGGAUCACAGGGCAGGAACUCUGGCCUUCUACAGCAUCUCUGACACAAUGACCCUCCUGCACAGAGUCCAGACCACAUUCACUCACACACUCCACCCUGGGUUUACGGUUUAUUAUUCUGAUACAUCAGUGAAGCUGCUGUGACUGACAUGUCUAGAUGCUGUUAGCACAUACAUC